ACACAGGGUGGCCAGUCAGAUGACGGGACGUGGGAAGAUCCGCCACUGUUUAGAAUCAGUCUCAUUUAGAUUGUUUCUGCUUUCUUGUGGAGUCUAUUGAAAGAGGAUUUCCAGAGAAAUGGACACCGCUCGGUCUGCUGUUCUGAGCCUUCUAAUCAUCGUUUUUCAGGUCUCAGCUACACUGACUGCUGAAGAAACCUCAUGUGUACCUGGAUUUGAGUCGGAUUUGUUGAUUUUCAAAGUGACCAGAAAGUACCUGAGGUCAGGCACGAGACUGGGUAGAGUGGGCUUCACUGACUGCACAGACCGCACAAGAUUUGUUUUCAACAGUGAUGACAGCCGCUUCAGGGUUCAGACAAACGGCAUAUUAACUGUAAACAGACCGGUUGCUCUUCAUGAAGGACAAGAAGAUUUUAACAUAUCCUCUUGGGACUCACAACGAGGCAAAAUGACUGUUCCUGUCAGGGUAGUGCAUGAUGGGCACCACCACGGGCAAAACCACCUUAACGCAGAGAGUGCAGCGGAUCCACAGGUGCCUAUUCUGUAUUUUCCCAAGUCUGGUGAAGGGCUGAGGCGGAGGAAGAGAGAGUGGGUUGCUCCUACCAUCUCUGCUGUUGAGAAUGACAGAGGACCCUAUCCCCUCAAACUGUCUCAGAUCCGCUCCAAUGAAGAUAAAAUAAAGAAUAUCUCUUACAGCAUCACUGGUCCAGGAGCUGAUCAACCUCCAGCUGGUCUUUUUAUUAUGGACAGAAGAACUGGAAUUCUGUAUCUCACACAGCCACUUGACAGAGAGGAACAAGAUAAAUAUAAGUUUGUCGUACAUGCUGUGGCAGAAGGUGCAGGAGUAGCUGAGGAACCCAUGGACAUUGUCAUCAAUGUAAUUGACCAGAAUGACAACAAACCUACUUUUACUAAAGACAUCUUUAUGGGAGAAGUUUCUGAGAACUCACCAACAGGUUUUGAGGUGAUUAAAGUUGAGGCCACAGAUAUUGACCAGCCCAAUACUGACAACUCGGAUAUCGGCUACCGUAUACUGAGCCAGGAGCCACAGUUGCCUAAUGCCUCAAUGUUUGUCAUCAACCCGGUCAGUGGAGUUAUCAGAGUGAAUCAUUCUGGGGGGCUAGACAAAGAGAAAUAUCCACAGUACACUCUGGUGGUAGAAGCAGCAGACAUGGUAGGAGAAGGGUUGAUUGGACAAGCAACAGUGAUCCUUAACGUGACAGGUAGCAAUGACAAUGCUCCAAACUUCACUCAGCCCGCUUAUGAGGCAACAGUUGAAGAAAACAAAGUAGAUGCUUUGGUUAUCACAAUGUCAGUAACUGAUGAUGACGAGCCCCAUUCUCUAGCCUGGAACGCCAAGUUCUACAUUGUUGAUGGUGAUCCUGAAGGCCUUUUUACAGUGAAAACAGCAAGUAAUAAACAAGAGGGAAUCAUUUCUACUGCCAAGGGUCUUGACUUUGAGAAGACCAGCAAGCACACUCUGUUGGUUACAGUGGAGAAUGAGGUUCCUUUUGCUACCCCGCUGCCUACUUCCACCGCCACAGUGGUGGUAAAUGUGGAGGAUGUUAAUGAAGCUCCAGUCUUUGAUCCAAAAGAGAAGCUUGUCUCAGUACCAGAGGACCUUGCUGUCAAAAGCGAAGUGAUGCAGUACAACGCUUCUGAUCCAGACACUGCACGCAAGCAGAAAGUCAUGUAUAAAAUAAUUAGUGACCCUGCGGGCUGGCUGAACGUGGCCAAGGAGACUGGCCUGAUUACAGUGAGUGGCCUCAUGGACAGAGAGUCACACUUUGUUAAGGACAACAAAUACACAGCACUCAUUGGUGCAUAUGAUGAUGAUGAAGUACCAGCCACAGGAACUGCUACUCUGAUGAUUCAGCUUGAAGAUGUCAAUGACAAUGCACCCACCAUUAUAGAACGUGCAUUUAAGGUGUGUAACAAGGAAUCAGCUCCUCAGCUGCUGACUGUAAUUGAUAAAGAUGGACCAGGCUUUGCUGCUCCGUACAGGGUCUCUCUGGACGGCGCCAUGUCGAAGGCCAGCUGGACUACAUGGAUGAACGAGACCAAAACAGGCAUCAUCCUGAAUUUAGCUAAACAGCUGGAGAUUGGACACUACACUGUGGUCUUGAGAGUUUCAGACACCCAGGGUAUGUGGCAGAUCAACACAGUCGAUGCCGAAGUGUGCGAGUGCACUGGAGCUGAUGUGGUGUGCACAAUCAGUUGUGGAGGUGGCUCCUACCUGCCUGUCAUCCUAGGAAUACCUGCAGGCAUCCUGUUGCUGCUGAUGCUGGCAUUGCUGCUGCUGCUAUUUGCAAGACGAAGGAGAGGAGAGAAGAAGGCUCUACUGCAAGACGAGGACAUCAGAGACAAUAUCUAUAAGUCUGAUGGAGAGGGAGAUGGAGAGGAUGAUCAGGACUGUGAGCUGAGUGUUCUCCACUGUGGUCUGGACAACCAACCCAAUGUGUUUAGGAAUGACGUGGUGCCAAAUUUCAUGCCUGCUUCUCAGUACCAGCCUCGCCCUGCCAACCCAGACGAGAUCGGUAACUUCAUCGACGAUCAGGAAAAUACUGACCAUCAAAUUCUAAAGGAUGCACAGACAAAUGUAAUCCCAGUAUGUCAUAGCAACCCUUUCACUGAAGAAUCAGUGCUUGGAGUUAACCCUAUGAGCCCUAGGCUUUAUCCAGGGUCAUUUCACUACCUUUACUUUUAACGUGUUCAUUAUAAA